UCCGCAUCUGCAUCAUUCUGUAAGCAAAGACAUCCAGAAUAAAUCAUCCGUCAUCUCACUGUUUUCAGCGUUUGCUAGUGCUAGACGUUACGUUGUCGUUUUAUAGAUGCUAAGUAGUGCUUUACAACACUGCUAGAGAACAAACACGGUGCAUUUAAAAAAAAUCUCAACAAGAGCUGAAUGUAGCCAGUAAAGCGCGGAGGUCCUGAUGCUGGCAGGCGUGGUCGUGGGCUGGUCUUGCCCGCAAUAAACGUCAAACCGAGGGAAUGCGAAGGUCUAAGAAAACACAGACCCAAAACAAUACUGUUCAUACUGGAAAGCGAGAUUGAGCGUCGAUUGCGUGGUGCGCCUGCUUGGUGUUUUGGAUAGACUACAUUGCGUUGCAGUGUUACAUUGUGACUGCGCGGAUAAAGGACAAAGAGGAGAUGUUGUAAGCCAUCUCACCUGAUUCAGCUUGGCCUAUCCUUUCUUUUUGCUCUCUUUCAUCUGUCUUUCCUAUAAUCUAUCACACUGGGAGAAAAAAGAUGAGUACCUCCCCGACCCCUAAAGGGACCCCGGUACAGCACAGCCCCGUAGACGGGGAGUGUUUGGAAGCGGACAUGGUCCAGUCUCCCCAGCAGUCGACGCCAUCCAGCACCCUCAAGAAACGCGUUUCCAGUCUCCUCCAAAGCCCUUCUUUUAGAGAGGAGCUGGAUGUGUUGAUUCAGGAACAGAUGAAGAAGGAAGGAAGCUCGUCCAGUCUGUGGGCUCUUCGACAGAUCGCUGACUACAUGGCCACUCAUGGAUCGCCCGCCGCCCUGCAAGUCACCCAAUCAACCAUUACCACGGUGACCCCCAUUAAUGAUCUGCAAGGAUGGGAACCGGGCUCCAUGGUGAAGGGCGAGAGAUUGAUGCGCUGUAAGCUAGCUAGUGUACAUCGUCUGCUGGAUCUAUACGGCUGGGCUCAGAUUGCCAACACGCGUCUUACAAUACGUGUUAGUAAAGAGCAGGAACAUUUCCUGGUGAUGCCGAACGGUCUCGCUUACGGGGAGGUGGCUGCCUCCAGUCUGGUAAAGGUGAAUAUUCUUGGUGAGGUGGUCGAGAGAGGCAGCACUACACUGGGAGUGGAUGUAUCUGCAUUCAGCCUGCAUUCUGCCAUCUACUCCGCACGACCAGACGUCCGAUGCCUGCUACACCUUCAUACUCCAGAAACCGCUGCUGUAUCAGCCAUGAAGUGUGGCCUUCUACCACUAUCCCAUGAAGCGCUGCUGGUGGGUGAUGUUGCUUAUUAUGACUAUAAUGGAGUGAUGGAGGAAGAAGAGGACAGGGUGGAGCUCCAGAAGAGCCUGGGGCCAACAUGCAAGGUGUUGGUUUUGAGGAACCAUGGGAUCGUGGCCCUGGGGGAAUCAGUGGAAGAGGCCUUUUACACAAUUUACCACAUUCAGAAUGCCUGUCAAAUACAGGUGGCAGCACUGUGCAGUGCCGGAGGGGAGCAGAACCUAAUCAUGCUGGACCGCAGCGUUCACAAGCCUGUUGCUACUGGUACUGUGGGCUGGGCCGGAUCCACCUUCGGCCCGUUGCACAAAAGCAGGCUUGGAGAACAUGAAUUUGAAGCAUUAAUGAGGACGUUGGACAAUCUGGGUUACCGUACAGGAUAUCCCUACCGUUUCCCAGUUCUACUGGAACGCUCGAAAACCAGAAGAGAGGUGGAGGUUCCUGCUACUGUCACAUCUUUUUCCUUCCAUGAAGAUGGCGUUUAUCCACACCCGCGUUUCCAACCCCACGCCCAGCGGCAACAGCAGAAGACCAGAUGGCUUAACACCCCAAAUAUCUAUCAGAAAGUUAACCAGGAGCAGGCCAGCCCGGGACAUAGGGCUACGUGGUUAAAGGCAGAAGAAAUGACCCAGGGAAGUGGAAAAGGAAUCAAGAUAGAAAAUCCAAACCAGUUUGUCCCCCUAUUCACAAAUCCGAAAGAGGUGCUUGAGACUAGAAAUAAGAUAAGGGAGCAAAAUCGUCAAGACAUGAAAACAGCGGGACCACAGUCUCAAGUGUUAGCUAGCGUCAUUACAGACAACAGUCCACCGUCUCCAGAGAAGGAGGAGCCCAAACCCCCAGCCACACCUGAACCCGAGCCUCCGAAUCCCUUUAAUGAGCUGACGGAUCAGGCGCUGGAGGAGUACCGCAAGGAGGUGCAGCGCAAACAACACGGAGAGCAGGACGGUUUAGAGGAAGUGGUGAAUGACACGGGGACUACAUCCCCCAAUAAGACCCCACCAUCAGAUGAACAAACCACAGACAUUGUGCAGAACGAUAAAGGCGAUGAGAAGAAACCACUGGAGGAGCUUGAAAAAGAAAUGAAUGCCCUGACGACCACUGACACUUCAGAAACCACGCCCUCAGAACCGCCCACUGUCCUGCCCACCAAACCUGCAGGCAACACCCCAGAGGGCUCGCCUUCCAAAUCUCCCUCGAAGAAAAAAAAGAAGUUCAAAGCCCCGUGUUUCUUAAAGAAAAGCAAGAAACAGAAAGAGAAAGUGGAAACCUGAACUGUUCUUCACUGAUAUUUUCACAACACGCUCCAAAACAUAGAGCACUCGAGUGUUUGUAGACUCUCAGGCAAGAGAGUUAAACACAGAUUCACCCUUCCAAACAAAACACACAUUCACAUCUAUUCACUGUGUAUCCACUUAUUGAUCAUCACAUACACGAGUUUUUGAUUAUAGGUUUGAAACACGUUCUCUCUUUGCAAAUUACACGACCUGCUCUUGUGACCCCGCCCUUGCUUUGAAAUGAAAUUGCACUUAGCGAAUGCAUAGAGAAAAAAGAAUGUGGCAUUAAGUAAACAUUGAUUGUUCAUGUCUAUCGAUUCUGAUUGUUGUCAUUAUCAUCAUCAAACACAUUAAACUACAUGUGACAACCGUGUCCAAGUUGACUAAAAUCUGGCAUUAUCAUCUAACACCUUACAUUGUUAUAAUAGCAGGGAUAAAAUAAAACAAUAAAGCCCAAAAUAAGCAAGAUAGUGGCUUGUUGCUGCAAAGAACGUCCAACUUUAAAUGCACGAAUUGAUUUUAUGUUGUUAUUUAUGGUCUUUGUUUUGUAUGUAUGCUGGAAACUUCUUUGCAGUUGUAGGCCUAUUUAUUUUUAUGAUCUGUAUGUUAUUGAAAUGCUUUUGUGUGUAUAUUAGCUGGUUUAUAAACUUGAUUCCAUGUCAAUAUUAGAAUGUAUAAUGCUAGGAUGGGAUGUACCACUCAAUAAAAAAAUCACUUCCAUGUAAA